GUCACGUUUUUUCUCAUCCCGCUUCAGCAAAGUCCAGAAUUGAAUUGCAAAGAAGAAAGCACACACGGCAUAAUCGUUACAAAUGGCAGCUGAAGCAAUCACAGCCAUGCCUCUUCUCACUCCUUAUCAAUUGGGAAAAUACCAUCUAUCCCAUAGAGUAGUUAUGGCACCAUUGACCAGACAGAGAUCUUAUGGCUAUGUUCCCCAGCCACAUGCUAUCAUAUACUAUUCUCAGAGAGCCUCCAAUGGUGGUCUUCUAAUAGCUGAAGCCACUGGAAUUUCCGACACUGCUCAAGGGUAUCCAGACACACCUGGCAUAUGGACAAAAGAGCAUGUUGAAGCAUGGAAACCCAUCGUAGAUGCCGUUCAUGCAAAAGGUGGAGUCUUCUUUUGUCAACUCUGGCAUGUGGGGAGAGUUUCAAAUGAAGAACUACAGCCAAAUGGACAAGCUCCAAUUUCUUCCUCAGACAAAGCUUUGACCAUUAUACCAACUCCAGAAACCGUAUUUGGUCUUUCCCAUUACUCUCGUCCUAGGAGGCUAAAGACAGAAGAAAUUCCUCAAAUUGUUAACGAUUUUAGGCUUGCAGCAAGGAACGCUAUUGAAGCUGGUUUUGAUGGAGUUGAGAUCCAUGGAGGUUAUGGUUACAUUCUGGAGCAAUUUAUGAAAGAUCAAGUCAAUGAUCGAACAGAUCAAUAUGGUGGAUCACUUGAAAAUCGUUGCCGACUUACUCUGGAAGUAGUUGAAGCUAUUGCUAAGGAGAUAGGACCAGAGAAGGUUGGAAUAAGGCUUACUCCUUUUGCUCAAAAUAUGGAAUGUGCAGACUCAAAUCCACAAGCAUUGGGCCAAUAUUUGGCUGAGUCCUUGAACAAAUAUAACAUUCUUUAUUUGCACAUGGUCGAGUCAUUUACUGGUGAAGGCAGUCUUGUGCCACUGAGAAAGGCUUUUAAGGGCACUUUUCUUGUUAACGGAGGUUAUGACAAAGAAACAGGGAAUAAGGCAAUCGCAGAAAAUCGUGCAGAUCUUGUUGUUUAUGGGCGUUCGUUUUUAGCCAAUCCAGAUUUGCCUAAGCGAUUUGCGCUCAAUUCUCCUCUCAACGAUUACGACAGAAAGACAUUCUACAUUCCUGAUCCAGUGCUUGGCUAUACCGAUUAUCCUUCUCUUGAAUGAACACGUGGGGAGUUGGAAUUUAGAUUUUCUAAAAAUAAUAUCCCUUUCAGGAAUCCAAUCAUGCUUUUUUAAUUUCUUAGUUGUAUUUUUAUUUCAUCUUGUACUCUUGUGCCAGUGCGUUUUGAGAACAUGAUAUUCCUAAAGCUAGCCUUAGUAUUUUCAAGGCGCAGAGGUUGUGCGCAUCUUGUUGUAAUGUUGGCAUGCAUAUAUGCAUGCCGGACUAGUAAUAAUUUGAAUUAAUGCAGUGUGGUUUUUUUU